AUGGAUGCGACGAAGGGGCUGGAGAAGGAUGUAGGGGUCAGCGCGGAUUCGGUUCAAUCCAGCGACGCAAGAUUUCAGACGGACAACAGCGUGUCGAAGAAACCGCAGCCUCGACAACAAUUAUCAAAAGCCAUGGAGCACAUGCGCUUCGCAGUCACUGCCGACCCCAUUCCACACUCCGCUUCUACACGACCACCACAGCCCGAAACCACAGACUCCGCGCAAGACCCUUCAUCCACUUCCACCGAACAACAACAACAAACCCCAGCCGAAAACGACGCCUACGGCGUCCCCGCCUCCUUCGCCCCGAUCCGCGCUCCCCAAUCCCGCUCGCACGACCCGACCAACAACCAAAAACGCAGCGAUCCCUUCGCCUUCGGCUCCCGCUACCUCGAGGAAGGCGACGACAUUUUCGAAUUCAACGCCUGGGACCACGUCACUGUCGACUCCACCUACCUCGCCUUCUCCGAAGAGCAAUAUUCCAAACAGCGUUCCGAACCUGUUUCGGACUUUGACCGCUCGCGCUACAACGCACAGCCUGAGAAGUGGUGGAACCAGUUUUACAAGAACAACAAGACGAAUUUUUUCAAGAAUCGUAAAUGGUUGGCGCAGGAGUUUCCGAUACUGGAGGAAUUGGGCAAGGAGGGCGGCCCAGAGGCGACGCUGUUGGAAGUGGGCGCUGGGGCAGGGAAUAGUGCGUUUCCUAUCUUGCAGAAAAGUAGGAAUGAGAGGUUGAAGAUUCAUGCGUGUGAUUUUUCAAAGAAGGCGGUCGAGUUGAUUAGGAAUCAUGAACUUUACGAUCCAGCGCGUAUCCAGGCGGAUGUAUGGGACGUCGCGUCCCCUUCUACCGCUGAAAAUGGGGGCUUACCGCCUGGUCUGGCGGAAAACAGUGUCGAUGUCGUACUCAUGAUUUUCAUCUUUAGUGCGUUGAGUCCUGAGCAGUGGAGUCAGGCUGUCAGUAAUAUCUGGCGCGUACUCAAGCCGGGUGGGCAAGUGCUGUUUCGAGACUAUGGCAGGGGCGAUUUGGCGCAGGUACGGUUUAAGAAGGGACGAUACCUUCAAGAGAAUUUCUAUGUGAGGGGGGAUGGUACGCGGGUUUAUUUCUUUGAGCAGCAGGAACUUGAGAAUAUCUGGGCUGGCAAGAUGCCAUCACCGUCUAGUGAGGAGGGAGAGCGGGAGCAUGUCUUCGAGAUUGCGCAUAUUGGGGUUGAUAGACGCAUGUUGGUGAAUCGGCAGCGCAGACUGAAAAUGUAUCGGUGCUGGAUGCAGGCGGUUUUUCGCAAAAAGGGGGGUGAGAGUCAGGUUCCUACCAGUACCCUGCGGCAGGAGAAGGAUGGUGGAGAGGAAGAAGAGUAG